UUUGUUUAUGCUGAUUGCGUUCAUCCUGAGUGGGGGAUGCGCGGGUCAGCUUGCCGAGUACGACUUCAUCAUUGUGGGCGGCGGUGCGGCUGGAACCUUGCUGGCUUCACGGCUGUCGGAGGUUUCUAAGUGGUCGGUGUUACUGAUCGAAGCUGGCGGAGAAGAGAGCGUUCUGGAGGACAUUCCUCUGUUCGCAGCACUUGCACAGUUGACGCCGAUAAACUGGGGUUAUAAGACAGAGCCGUCAUCAACAGCCUGCCUCGGCCUGGUUGGCGGUCAGUGCAACUGGCCACGUGGCAAAGUCUUAGGUGGCAGCAGUGUUCUCAAUUAUAUGGUGAACACGAGAGGAAAUCGCAAGGAUUAUGACGGCUGGGCAGAGGGAGGGGCUGAAGGCUGGGGAUACGACGAUGUCUUACCGUAUUUCCUCCAGUUUGAGGACAUGCUUAUUCCGCGUUUGGCUGCAGAUACGGUAUACCAUUCCACGUCUGGAGAACUGGCCAUCUCUUACCCUCCAUAUCGCACCCAAUCUGCGCGGAGUUUCAACGAGGCUGCCCAAGAAAUAGGAUUCGAUAGAACUGACUAUAAUGCAGAAAAUCAAAUAGGAUAUUCAUUUCUCCAGACAACCACGAAGGAUGGGUUGCGAUUCAGUGGAAAUCGUGCGUUCCUGGAGCCUACGAGGAAGAGGAAGAACUUGCACGUCCUGACGCAUAGUCUCGUUACCAAAAUCCUUAUUGAUUCAAAGAGUCGCACAGCUUACGGCGUACAGUAUAAAUUGUUGAAUUUACUAACACUAAAAGUUCGCGCUAGAAAGGAAGUGAUUCUUUCUGCGGGUGCCUUAAACUCUCCUCAGCUGUUGAUGUUAUCCGGAAUCGGGCCCAGAGAAGAGCUCGAGAGUUUGGGAAUCAAAGUUUUACAGGACUCAAAAGUAGGUUUCAACCUGCAGGACCACAUCAGCCUUGGAAACCUUUAUUUCACAGCAAACUCGUCGAUUGGUAUUCGUUUUGACGACAUUCUAGGAGAUUUGUUCGACGUUGCAGAGUACUUGGUAAGUCGCACCGGGCCCCUUGCGAUACCAGGUGGCGUCGAAGCACUUGUCUUUCAGGAACUAAAUACUAGUAGCAGUGACAGCACCGCCGGUGUUCCAGAUAUAGAAAUACUCUUUGCGUCGAGUACUCUUCCGUCACUGAAACCUGUUUGGGAUGCCUGGGGUGGAAAUUCUGAAAUAUAUGCUGCCUACGAGCCGUUAGCUAAUAAGGAUUCUUUCAUGAUAUUCCCUAUGAUCAUGCACCCAAGAAGUCGGGGUCGUGUUACUCUCAGAAGUUCGGACCCUACGGACGCUCCGGUGCUGUACCACAACUAUCUGACUGAUCCAUACGAUGCGGAUAUUAUUAUAAGUGGAAUCCAUACUUCGCUUCAACUGAUUAACACCUCCGCCUUUCAGAGGUACGCCGCAGAACUCUACCCAGUUCCUCUACCUCCGUGCGAGGGGUAUGAAUUCGCUUCCGACGAAUACUGGAAUUGUUCAAUUCGCUACACGACUUUUACCUUUUACCACCAAUGCGGAACCUGUAAAAUGGGCAAUGACUCUGACCAAGAUGCUGUUGUGGAUGUAAAUUUAAAAGUGCGAGGUAUUAAGAAUCUCCGUGUUGUGGAUGCUUCCAUCAUACCACUAAUUCCGUCUGGUCACAUCACUACCCCUAUCUACAUGAUCGCCGAAAAGGCAGCUGCUUUAAUAAGGAAUCAGUGGGGUUCAAGUGACCAAGUUUAAGCAUUGGUCUCACUGUUUUACUAUCCCUGAGUCAUAAUUAUCUCACAGUAAGAAGUUUUACAUCUGUCAUCAUUUCUGUUAAAGUUGUAGUCUGAGAAGAACGUGUGGGAAAUUAGAUGUCACGAUAGUGUAACAGUAACUUAUAUUAAUUUUACUGUAAAUAUUAUGUUGAUUUUGGUCCAUUCAGAAAGCCCUAAGAAUGUCACUAAAUGUAGCUCUUAACAAGUCUGCUUCUUCAUAUUUAAACAAAGCAAAACAUAUUGAAUUUAUCCUAUAAAUUAAUAUAUCACAUAUUGUGACUGUUAAUUAAAUUAAAUCUAGUAUGUUCUAUCUCUUACUGUAUUCAUGCAAUGUAUUGGUACCUAUGGGAAUAUAUAUUAGUGUAUUUACUUGUGGAUACAGCAACAAAAAUAAAUCAUGUACACGAAAAGUA